UUUUUGACUCCAAACCUGAUAAAUCCCAUGAUGCUUUGGGCUCCAUCCUACAUAUGCCAUUCCUAAGCACGGAGCCUUUUAGAGCAACCCCUCAAAACAGUUCUUUGGGGCACUACGAGAUCUCUGUUGGCCCCAGUACCAUCUCAGCCAUGGUUGAUCUUAUAGUGAAGUACAAGUGGAUAAACUUGGUCGUCCUCUAUGAUGUUCGAUGGCGUGAACAUGUUACGAAGUUCUUAUCCAGCCUUCCGUCUAGUAACCAUUACCUUACGGUCGAUAUGAUCCUCGAUAGAGCAGGACUCAUCGACACGACAACACAGAAAAAGAUUCUGUUCCUCAAAAAUGACCCGGCAGAGGCUAUAGUGCUCUUGUGCGAUGCUGUGUUUGCUGAGAGGAUCAUAGAGCAGGUUUUUCCAAUGUUUAAUUAUGCACCUAGUCGAUCUCAUCGAUGGCUUCUUGCUGAUCCAGUAAAAUCGUUCAAUAUGAAAGCCGACUCUUCACAAAUAAUUAUUGGCUUUGCUCCACGUGUGUACAACAACGUCAAAACCACUUCUCUUCAUACAGCAUUGUCAAGUAACUCUUCAACUACAAGGUUUGCGUCGUAUUUGGUGUUCGAUGCCGUCCUCGCCUUYGCGCAUGCCCUUCACGGUAUUYUGGUUGACAGGAAAUGGGAAGCACUGACAACAGGAGGAAAUUUGACACAAUUUAUAAAUGGGGACCUUCUKUUAGAAUACAUAAAAAAGGUUGAUACUAUUGGCACAACUGGGACGUUAAAAUUUACUAACGGUGGAUAUCGGCAUAAAGCAGUCGUAGACAUUAUCAAUUUACGGGAUGGUAAAUUUGUUAAGAUAGGAGAAUGGAACGAAAUAUCAUCUCUGACCAUUACGUCAUCUCCAACAAAGAACCAGGGCUUAUCWAAGGUUGUUCCUUUGAGUGAAUUAAACAGAAAAUUGAGAAUUGCGAUCGUAGAGGACCCUCCAUUCGUCAUGAGCAAAGUAAACCCAACUACUAAAAAGAAAGAGUUCUUUGGAUUCAGUAUCGACUUAGUUAAGGAAAUAGCAGAGAUAAUGAACUUCGACUACGAGUUUUAUCUAAGUGCCGAUGGACGAUAUGGAGGGACAAACCCGGAUGGUUCGCUCGCAGGGGUCGUYGGUGAGGUCUAUAAGGGGAAUGCUGAUAUGUCAUCUAUGCCACUUACAAUCAACUCAGAGAGGUUGGAGCACAUAACGUUCAGUAAGCCGUUCAUGUUUAUAUCAAUGGACCUCGUCAUGCAGAGACCAAAGGCCAAAGAAUAUGAUAUCACUGGAUUCAUGACUCCMUAUACUGUUCCUGUAUGGUUCAUGACACUAGUAACUUGGCUUUUCGUCACGGCCAUCUUGUCUUUUGUUAACUAUUACAGUCCAUAUGGCCACCGUCUGUGCGAUGAAGAACAGAAUGGUGACGAAUUCAGCUGGUUCAACAGCUUAUGGUUCUGUYUGGCCUGUAUGUUGCAGCAGGGAGGAGACACUACACCACGCAUGUUGUCAGGCCGUGUUGUUGUUGGGUUCUUUUGGUUCGGUAUCAUUGUUUGGGUGUCAACCUACACAGCCAACCUUGCCUCUGUUCUGACCACAUCUCAAGAGAAUGUCCAAAUAUCCAGCCUCGACGAAGCGCUAGAAAAAGAAUACCACAUUUAUGUUAUGGGAGAMACAGCAUUCGCCRAUUACCUGAAGAACUCUGAAUACCGAGUAUACAGACUGCUUUGGGAGCGUAUCUCCUCCGAGAAAACUUUGGUAGAAUCAACAUCUCAAGGAUUCGAUCAUGUCAGAAAAGAGCAACGUAAUGUCUUCAUCGAAGAAAGCCCGUUUGCAGAGUAUCUCUUGCACAAAAAGCCAUGCGACGUCAUGUCUAUCAAGGAUAUCACUGGUUCCAGUAGUUAUGGCAUAGCUUUUGCACAAGAAAACCCAUACGUAAACAACAUUUCAAUUGCAAUACUAAGAAUGCAAGAAAAAGGGAAAAUUGAUUCGUUACGUCGCAAAUGGUGGAGUAUCGAYAAUGAUUGCGCUGAAUAUGAAAAACCGACCGGAGAAGACAUACAAGAGCUGAUGCGGAUUCARAUAGAGAAUAUGAUUGGAGUGUAUAUCGUUCUUGGCGCGGGAGGUGUCGUUGGAAUAAUAUUUAUAUUMAUUGAAAAAUGGUGGGCUAACCGACGGGCAAAAAUACAAGAAAAAGUUCGACAAGGWUGGACUGUCGUGAAAACCACCACUAAACUCAUGAAGCUUAAAAAGACGCCGAUUGACGCUGAGACAGUUGUUGAAGCUUUCCAAGUAAACAUACCUACAAAAACCAAAAUGAGACCGAAAAUACCCUGGGAUUUGCCAYCAGAGAAACGUGCAUCCAAUGACGCCAAAGAUGCUGGUGAAACCAAUGAAGGGUUUGAAGACCUCGAGGCCAAUGAAACAGACUCACCAAGGCAAAGUCCUUCACUCAAUAAAGCUAACCCUUGGGGCAUACCUUUAAAAUCUGAUAAUAGAUCAACUCAACCAAAACCUCAGUUCCUGGGAUUUGAAAGAAAGAAAGCAGACUCACUUGCGUCAAUUGAUAGUCGACAGUCGAAUCCAAGUAGGAAAAAUUCACGAGUUUCUUAUGUAGAGAUUGUGUCUACAAGCGAUAUAAUUCCUGCGCCUGCAAAGCAAGAUUCGUUAGAAGAAUUGGCAGACCUUGUGGAGCCYGCAUCAGCAACRGACAGUUCAGCAACGUUAACUAGUACUACAGAGAGUGAGCAGAGCGUCACCACAUCAGACAAAACGAAGCUUGCAAUCAACAAUAAAAAGAAGGUUAAGACUUCUGAAGUGAAUGCAGCUUCUUUGAAAGAUCAGACAAAGAAAAAAGACAAAAAGAAGAAGAAGAAUGCACAUAAGAUUGAAGUAAAACCGGCUGACCAGGAAUAACUGCAACACUUUAUCCAAUGUUUAUUUAUUAUAAGUUUGGUAAAUUUGAAAAUUUGAGUGCAAAACUGUGUACAGUGUAGUGAUUUCCACUGGC